UGGCCGAUUGCCCGCCAGCGGCCCCUCAGGGCGAAGUCGUCCCUGCAACCGCCUCUCCCCUACGCAGGUUCCGCGUCUUGGGCUGCCCACAGACGACUGACUGCCUGACUGACACCUGCCAGACCCAUCGUAGGGGAGCCACACCGACGCCACCUCCUCCUUUGGGCCGGCGCGCCUUCUCUCCGCAGGGGCCUGACAGCCGAAGGGUGGCCUCCGGGCUCCGUCUCUGUCCUGUCGGGAUGAGCGGGGCAGGAAAAGCCCGCGAAGGGACGGCGGGAGGCGCAGCCGCAAUCCUGCUUCGGUAUCUUCAGGAGCAGAACCGCCCCCACAGUGCUCAGGACGCUUUUGGGAAUCUGCAGCGAGAGCACGGCCUGGGCAAGACGGCUGUAGUGAAGGCUCUAGAGCAGCUUGCUCAACAAGGAAAGAUCAAAGAGAAGGUUUACGGGAAGCAAAAAAUUUACUUUCCAGAUCAGGAUCACUUCGGGAGUGCAAGUGAGUCAGAGCUCAAGGUCCUGGAUAAUGAAAUUUCAGAUCUGUCUUGCAAAGUGCAGACCCUCCAACAGAACUGCCGCCUUAUGGAGUCAGAACUGAAAGAACUGAAGGGCUCUAUGACAACCCCCGAGAUGGUGAAAGAGAUUGAAGAAUUAAAAAAAGAUUGUGCUAAUUAUACAGAGAAACUGGAACGGAUUAAAUCUGCUACCAAUCAUGUGACUCCUGAGGAGAAAGAAAAGGUGUAUAAUGAGAAGAAACUGUAUUGCAAAGAAUGGCGACGCCGGAAGAGAAUGGCAACGGAGCUACUUGAUGCAAUCUUGGAAGGCUACCCUAAAAGCAAGAAGCAGUUUUUCGAGGAAGUUGGCAUUGAGACUGAUGAAGAUUUCCAUGUUACUUUACCUGCCAUCUGAAUUAAGGGCUCUUCUGGUAUACGAAACAACAUCCACCUAUUUAGCAUUCGUUUCAGUCCUACUUCUUCCAUUUCUGUAUAUUUAAAAAAAAAAUUCAGUGGAGCAGGGCAUGGAGGAAAAUAGACCCAUGCUGACCGCACUACUAGUUCCAGUCCUCCUCCCCAGGCAUGUGGGGCUGGGGGCUAUUUUGUUCUUCAAACGGUUUGUCCCACUGGGCUGGAUUUCUGGUAAGCACUGGAGAAAACUGGGGGAGGGGGUGUGAGAGAGAAAAAUAAAUAUUUAAAUUGCUCUGA